AUGCCACCUUUGGCUUUGCCAGGCACCCAGACCCGCUUCAGCCAGGAACCAGCAGACCAGACUGUGGUGGCCGGACAGCGGGCCGUGCUCCCCUGUGUGCUCCUCAACUACUCUGGGAUUGUUCAAUGGACCAAGGAUGGGCUGGCCCUGGGUAUGGGCCAGGGCCUCAAAGCCUGGCCACGAUACCGGGUCGUGGGCUCUGCAGAUGCCGGGCAGUACAACCUGGAGAUCACUGACGCGGAACUCUCUGAUGAUGCUUCCUACGAGUGCCAGGCCACAGAGGCUGCCCUGCGUUCCCGACGGGCCAAACUCACCGUGCUCAUCCCCCCAGAGGACACCAGGAUCGAUGGAGGGCCUGUGAUUCUGCUGCAGGCAGGCACGCCCCACAACCUCACAUGCCGCGCCUUCAACGCCAAGCCUGCAGCCACCAUCAUCUGGUUCCGGGAUGGGACCCAGCAGGAAGGGGCUGUGGCCAGCACGGAGUUGUUAAAGGAUGGAAAGAGGGAGACUACGGUUAGCCAGCUGCUCAUUAACCCCACAGACCUGGACAUUGGACGCGUCUUCACGUGCCGCAGCAUGAAUGAAGCCAUCCCCAGCGGCAAGGAGACAUCUAUAGAGCUGGAUGUGCAUCACCCUCCUACAGUGACCCUGUCCAUCGAGCCCCAGACGGUGCAGGAGGGAGAGCGCGUAGUCUUCACAUGCCAGGCCACGGCCAACCCUGAGAUCCUAGGCUACAGGUGGGCCAAAGGGGGUUUCCUGAUAGAAGAUGCCCAUGAAAGCCGCUAUGAGACAAAUGUGGAUUAUUCCUUCUUCACGGAGCCUGUGUCUUGUGAGGUCCACAACAAAGUGGGGAGCACCAACGUCAGCACUUUAGUAAAUGUCCACUUUGCCCCCCGGAUUGUAGUUGAUCCCAAGCCCACAACCACAGACAUUGGCUCUGAUGUGACCCUCACCUGUGUCUGGGUUGGAAAUCCCCCCCUCACCCUCACAUGGACCAAGAAGGAUUCAAAUAUGGUCCUGAGUAACAGCAACCAGCUACUACUGAAGUCGGUGACCCAAGCAGAUGCGGGCACCUACACCUGCCGGGCCAUUGUGCCUCGGAUUGGAGUGGCUGAGCGGGAGGUGCCGCUUUAUGUGAACGGGCCUCCCAUUAUCUCCAGCGAGGCAGUGCAGUACGCCGUCAGGGGCGACGGUGGCAAGGUAGAAUGCUUCAUCGGGAGCACACCACCCCCGGACCGCAUUGCCUGGGCAUGGAAGGAGAACUUCCUGGAGGUGGGGACCUUGGAGCGCUAUACGGUGGAAAGGACCAACUCUGGCAGCGGGGUGCUGUCCACGCUUACCAUCAACAAUGUCAUGGAGGCUGACUUCCAGACCCACUACAACUGCACUGCCUGGAACAGCUUUGGACCCGGCACAGCCAUCAUCCAACUGGAGGAGCGAGAGGUGUUACCCGUGGGCAUCAUCGCCGGGGCCACCAUCGGCGCAGGCAUCCUGCUCAUCUUCUUCUUCAUCGCCUUGGUGUUCUUCCUCUACCGGCGCCGAAAAGGCAGUCGCAAGGAUGUCACCUUGAGGAAGCUGGACAUCAAGGUGGAGACCGUGAACCGAGAGCCACUGACCAUGCACUCCGACCGUGAGGAUGACACUGCCAGCGUCGCCACAGCAACCCGGGUCAUGAAGGCCAUCUACUCACCCUUUAAGGAUGACGUGGACCUGAAACAGGACCUGCGCUGUGACACCAUCGACACCCGGGAAGAGUAUGAGAUGAAGGACCCCACCAACGGUUACUACAAUGUGCGAGCCCACGAAGACCGCCCGGCCUCUAGGGCAGUGCUGUAUGCUGACUACCGAGCCCCUGGCCCCACACGCUUCGAUGGUCGCCCCUCAUCCCGGCUCUCUCACUCCAGUGGCUACGCCCAGCUCAAUACUUACAGCCGGGCACCUGCCUCUGACUAUGUCCCUGAGCCUACACCCUCCGGCCCUGCUGCCCCAGCCGGCACCGACACCACCAGCCAGCUGUCCUAUGAAAACUAUGAAAAGUUCAACUCCCACCCCUUCCCCGGGCCAACUGGGUACCCCACCUACCGACUGGGCUAUCCCCAGGCCCCACCCUCUGGCCUAGAGCGGACCCCAUACGAGGCAUAUGACCCCAUCGGCAAGUACGCCACAGCCACCCGAUUCUCCUACACUUCCCAGCACUCGGACUACGGCCAGCGGUUCCAGCAGCGCAUGCAGACUCACGUGUAGGGGCCAGCACCCCGCUUGGGCAUCUCUGCGGGGCAGAGGAGAAGGCUUUCACAGCUGUUCCCUGAUAUUCAGGGGCGUUGCUCCUUGCUCCCUUCUCAGACCAGCCUUCCUCCUCCCGCUAUGGCAGGUGGGGAGCAGGUCUCCCAGAAACACACCCCCCCCUCCCCAAUCCCGAGGAUGGUGCUCUGCGCAUGCCCCAGCGUCUUGGGCCUGCCCUUCCCUCUUCUUCGGGAGGAGGUGUCUCUUCUGACCUGCGUGCUUGCUUGAGACCCCAGCGUGGGGACAGGGAAAGUGAAGGCGGGGAGAGCAGAGUGGGCACUUUUUAGCAUUCCCUUUCGAUCCCACCCCUCUGUUUUCCCAUGAGUAGACGGAGCAGUGGAGUAAAAUGGACUGGGCAGGCUUUGCCCUGGGGACCAUGACGUAUGGGAGUCAGUGGCUCUGGCACAGUCUCUGUGGUCUGUUUUUACAUCCUGGGUACAUUGCUUUCCUCUUCGGAGGCCUGCAGAUGGGACCUUGGAUUUAUUUUAGUUGUUGUCUUCAGAACAGCUCUGACAGUUGAAUUCACAUCCAAGCCCCUAUUCUGCUGAAAUCAAAAUGCCAGUCAUCCUGGCUGCUACUGUGGGCAUUGGUCUGUCAGCUACAGAGGGAUCCAGAGAUUACCCGUAGCACCGCUCCCUUCCCUUCUCUGCUGAGUGGGCCAGAUAAGUUCAGAUUGUGGUAGAGAAAGGAUAGUCAGGACCUUAACCUUAAUUGACCAGAGACCACUGUGCCCUAUGUGGCACUUCCCAGAUCUAACACUAGAGAUAGCCAUUAAGCCCUCUUACCCCUUACCUACCCCACUUCUUGGCUUUGGCAAGUAGUAUAGUGGGGUCAGAGUGCUACAGACUCUUUUUCAAAGGCAAGAGCAACAAAAACAGUGAUAGGCUCAUUUGGAAAGGAAGCUUGCAGGAGUUCCCGCACACAAAUACAAAUGUCAGUAGAAAGGAAGGAGGCGCCUGUUCUCCAUCAGAUUCCUAACCCAGCAUUACUUGUCAGAUUCCAAGCACUUUGAGUCCAUAUUUAUACAUCCAGGUGGUGAGACCUGUCACACCAGCAGGUGGGCUUUGAUGCCUCCCAGACUGCUGUCCUAUCCGAAGCCCUACCGGCUGGUCAGAGAUUGCCAUCCAGGAGGCGUGGAUGAUGUUCUCUCCAAGUUUUAGUUUUGUUUCUUUUCCUUGGACCAAUCAGAUUCCUUCCACUUUUAGUGCCUUGAGUAUUGAGCUUUGGGUGUGGGUGUGGUUGCAUACAGAGCAGGUACUCAUGAGCCUCAGGCAGGCUGUCCAGUGAUAGCAUCAGGAGAGAUAGGUGAGGGGCAGAGGGCCUGGAAAUAGCCCUGAAGGAGAGCUCAUGCUGAUCCAAAGGAGACAGUAGCAUGGAAGGGCACUGUAGGCAUUCCAUAGCACAUGCUUUCCCAUCCUCUAUUUAGUGCAUACCCCCCUCCAUAUUCCAUGCCACUGCUUCUCAACCGCCACCUUCUGACCAAAGAGAAUAGUAGGCAUUCCAAAGAAUCUGUACCUCUGCCUCAGCCUCCCCACGAAGUCGCAUCUGGAGUUGGCUGUUCUCCACCUGCCCAUCGCAGCCAGCCUGGUGGGCGCACACCCUCCCCCUGCACCCUUCUCCCCGCCCUGUACAAUUCCCAGAAUGCUCCUUGCCCUUUCUCGGUGGUCACCAUCCAUUAGUCAUGUUCACUUUAAUGAGUUACAUGCUCAUCAGCCACGGGCCAUCACCACCCUUACAGAUGGGCCUGUGGGGUGACAUUCCCAGCCAUCCCCUUGCUGAUAAAGACCAGAUAAUAUCCAGGAAAAUGAGUAGCUUCAGUUCAGACUUGACAGUUUCUGAGAUCUCUUGCACUUGAGACUUGGGGCAGUUUCUGCAGAGUGGACCCUACCUGGGGCAUUACAAGUGUCCAGCUGUAUUCCAUCCCUAAAGAUUCCCACCUCCCCCAGAGGCCUUCUGAUAGCGGUGAGAUCUGUUAAGAAUGUAGGUUCCAGUGCAGAUAAAUUCAUACAAAUUUGUAUUUUCAUAGAUACCAGAAACCAUGGGU